AUGGUGGCUGACUCUCAGCUGCUAGCAAGGGCAGUGGUUGAAGAGUGUGAAGGAGUUUUUGAGGGUUUGAAUUCCUUAGUUGAUGUUGGAGGUGGCACAGGAACCAUGGCCAAGGCCAUUGCCAAGGCCUUCCCCAACAUUAAUUGCACUGUCUUUGACCAACCACAUGUUAUUGCAAACUUGCAAGGGACUCACAAUUUGGAUUUUGUUGGAGGAGACAUGUUCGAGAAGAUACCCCCAGCAAAUGCAAUUUUCCUCAAGUGGAUUCUGCAUGAUUGGAGUGAUGAGGAAAGCGUGAAGAUAUUAAAGAAGGGUAGAGAAGCAAUUCUGAGCCAAAAAGGAGGAAAGGUUAUCAUCCUGGACAUAAAUGUGUCUGCAGAUAAUAAGAAGAUGGAUAAGAAAUCAAUUGAAACUCAGCUCAUGUGGGAUAUGUUAAUGAUGGUCCACCUCAAUGGCAAAGAGCGUAGUGAAGCAGAGUGGGAAAAGCUCUUUCUGACUGCUGGAUUCUCUCACUAUAAGAUUACACAUACAUUGGGCCUCAGGUCUCUUAUUGAAGUUUACCCCUGA